AUGGCCUCAUCCCGGAACCCCGAUGCACUGGCGGCGCCGGCGCUGACUCCGGCGCCCGCGGCGGUGGCGCUGGAGGCGCAGGCCCAAAACCAUAGCAUUGCUCCUGGCGACCCGCCGUCGCCGGAGAUGGAGACCACGGCGGAGGCGCUCACGCGGGAGGAUGUCCUCCGGCGGCGCCGACGCCGCGCGGCCCGGCUAGCCGGUGUGUACCGCCGGCUCUACUGGGCCAUGGCUGAGGAGGUGCGCGCGCGGCACCGGCAGUACGUCUGGGACCUCGCCCGGAGCCCACUGGAGGCAGAGCAGCCGCCAGCCCCUCCAGGGGGCCCCAUCCCGGCUGCCGGAGAGCCGCCGAGGCCGGCGCCGGUGCCGAGGAGAAAGAAGUGCGGGUUCACAGGGUGCAAGGUGCGGGCCAUGGCCACGACCCGCUUCUGCCACUCCCACAUCCUCUCCGAUCCCAAACAGCUGCUGUACAAGCCCUGCGCGUACAUCACCAAGAGUGGGCUACAGGGUGGGCUUGUCACCUGUGGUAGGCCGAUCAUAAAGUCUGCAGCUCCCUCCCUCUGUAAUAUUCACUUGCAAAGAUGUCAGAAAAGCAUUGCACAAGCUUAUAGGAAGGCAGUCUUUGUCAUGAGCUUUUGCGAGUUGCUGAACAUGCAGCAAGACUGCAUGGUUGAUAUGGUGGUGCUUAUUGUGUGCUUUGCAGAGAGAUGUAUGAAUGCAAGAUCUGUACUUCCAUGGCAAAUGGACUUUGCACAAUAUGAGAUGCUACUUACCAAGAAUGUUGUGCAUCAUGCACCAAAGUGUCCUGGAUUGUUUGGUUGCAGUUUAAUGGCUGUAAGAACUAAGAACUCAGUUAUUCUUCGUCCAUUGAAAGGUUAUUUCUUAGAGCUGGAGCGCUUGGCGGCAAAGGAUGCUCGGUCAGAUGGUGGUGGAUUUUAA